GCGCAUCGUGCAUCGGCGAGAGACAGUCGCCAUCAAGCCUAGAGGCCUCGACAUCGUCGCUGAUCUUGCUGCAAGGGCAACAAAGGCACGUUAUGAAGCAGAGUUACACUCCUGUGGACGUUCGACCUGAGAGGACUCAGAGCUUGUCUCCUUUCACAGCUCGUCAGCGAAUCUUCGACGAGGAAGAAUCCGAGCUUGACAUGAGCGUGUUUGCGAAUAACAAAGGAGAUCAGAUAGAAGAGCUCGCAUACAAGCAGGCUUUCUACACUACUGUAUUCUUGAGUGCAGCAGCAAUCUUGUGGGCCGUUGUUUAUUUCAAUUACCUCUUGCUUUCUGUCUAUUUCACCCCCAUCACCUGGGCAGUAUUGUGCAGCAUUCCUCUGCGAAGAUGGCAGAACAAGCUAUUAAAGGAGAUAGAAAGAGAGAGGUUCCUGCUUCUGAUCGUGUGGAGGAUCAGCAAAGGGCUGCUGAAGAUGCCCGAGUCACUGCUGUCCUUCGACUUUUCAAGGAGUGCUCUUGAGAAGAUCACUGGAGAUGCUCUCACCGGCUGUCUUGUCCUAGCGUGUGCGAUUUGGGUUGCGAUCAGUAGGCCUGUGGAAUGGCUCGGAUGGGGACCAGGGAUUCUCUUUUUCUCGCUCCUCUUCCUCGUCCAUCCCCUUAUCGUCCUUGGAUUCAACAUCGCCAUCCCGAUAUGCAGCAGCAUCAUAUGCAGGAUUGUUCCUUUCAAGGUCCUCCGUACGUGAAUGGACGCAGAUGUCAAUUUUUCGAAUUCCCCUCUC